AUGGCGGGUUUGAUGGACGUCGAUCGCUCCCGCUCCCGCAGAGACCGGACUUUCGUCGGAAGCGAAUGCGCCGUCUGCGAGGAGCCGUUAGAACACACGCUGCGUGGCGAGCGUGUGCUGCAAUUUUCUUGUGCUCACGUUUCCCACGAGGCGUGCUUCUAUGAAUUCAUUCGGGAAUUUGAAGGCCAGUACUGUCCGACAUGCGAUGCGCCGUUAGGGCUCGACACGAGCCGCGGAGGAAACGUUUUGGAUAUCGAGAAACUGAGCAACAUUGUCCGCUCUGUAACGAGUGAUGCAGCCACUCAGCGCAGCGGUAUCACUACCCCCACGCCGUGGGAGCCGAAUCCCCACCCGAUGCGCCAUCCCAGCAACGCCGGUAGUCAUGCCGGGAGUCACGUCGGCAGCCAUAUCGGAAGUCAGCUUGGAAGCCAGUCGUUCAAUCGUGAUAGUCGAGACAUGUAUGCUCGUCGCGACAGCCGCGACACCGGGAGCCACCGGGAGCGGGAACGGAUCGAACGCCUCACCACCGGUUCCCGCCAGCAACAUUCGCGGAACGGUAGCGCGGCGGGAUCGUCGGGCGAGUACAACGAUCAGCAGCAUGCGGCCGCCAACGUGCGACGACAUGACUACGACCUGCAGGCCAUGGAGUCGGAUUUGAGCCCGCGCGCCGGAGCCACGAAGAACCCCAUCCCCGCCCCGACGGUGACCAUCCGCAGCGAAUUCCCUACCCUCAACCGGUCUCGCCAGCAGCAGUCGUUGACCUGCUUGAUCACCGUCGAAGUUCCCGAGGGCUGGCAUCCCGAUACGGAGGAUCUACGCCUGUCGACCAUCCCCUCGCCACCCCAGGAUGAACCUUACGGCGCUAUGCGCUUUCCUACGGCCCCCUCGCCCCAGCCCGUGCCUUACGAACCCCAGGAGAAUUUGGAUGAGAUCGCCGAGGGGUUGCGGAACAAGGUGGAUAACUGGCAUGGUCUUGAGUUCCAACGGUUUGGAAAACUGCGUAUGUAUGGUCAAAUGCGGGUCGGUAAAGAUCGGGAAUCAUGGCAGGAAUUAGAGUGCUACCUGUUUGCGGAGAUGCUUAUCUGCAUCAAGGAGAAGAAGAUCAGCAACCGUCAUACUCAGUAUGAGGAACAAACAUCCAAGCCACGCACUCGGUGCACACUCAAGGGAUCGAUUCUCAUCAAGAAGCAUCUCAAGAACAUGGAGGCGUCUGGAGAAGAGCCCAUCCUCACUCUGAACCUGUCUGUCAGCGAACUUCCUUGCUUCUAUCUCCAAUUCCAGAAUCGGGGUCAGCUGGAGCUUUGGCGCCGUGCACUCCUUGACCUUAAUCAAGUCGAACACACUCCCCGGAACCCCGACUACGAUCUCGAUAACUCGGGCGCGGAGGAGGAGGAGUAUCGGGCGAGUCAGAUUAAACGACAAGCGUCGCUGAACUCCUCGUACGGAGCCGCACGAUCCAACAAUACCGCCAUCACCGAUUAUACGACCGCGGGUGGAGAGGGUCCAUCCGCUUCCUUGCAUAUUCCGCUCGACAUCGUGGUGGUGAUCCCGGUGUCAUCGUCCAUGCAAGGGCUGAAGAUCACCCUUCUGCGCGAUGCGCUUAAGUUUCUCGUGCAGAGUCUCGGCCCGCGCGACCGCAUGGGACUGGUAACAUUUGGCUCGAGCGGCGGUGGAGUCCCUCUGGUGGGCAUGACAACCAAGUCCUGGGGAGGAUGGAACAAGAUCUUGAACUCCAUCCGUCCGGUUGGACAGAAGAGCCUUCGCGCCGAUGUGGUGGAAGGUGCCAACGUUGCCAUGGACCUGCUGAUGCAGCGGAAAUCCUCCAACCCCCUCUCCACCAUCCUCCUGAUCAGCGACUCCUCCACGUCGGACCCGGAAAGUGUGGAUUUCGUUGUAUCCCGUGCUGAGGCUGCCAAAGUUAGCAUUCACUCCUUCGGCCUCGGCUUGACUCACAAGCCCGACACUAUGAUCGAACUGUCGACGCGAACCAAGGGAUCCUACCUCUACGUGAAGGACUGGAUGAUGCUUCGCGAAUGUGUUGCUGGCUGCUUGGGGUCCCUGCAGACCACGGCGCACCAGAACGUCAAGCUUAAGCUUCGCCUGCCCGAAGGCUCUCCGGCCAAGUUUGUCAAGAUCAGCGGAGCCCUUCAUACCACUAAACGAGCGACCGGACGUGAUGCCGAGGCAGCUUUGGGAGACCUGCGCUUCGGAGAUAAGCGCGACGUUCUGGUCCAGCUCGUCAUUCAGCCCGACAACUCCACGCAGGACAACAUGCCCCAGGAUCCCUGGGAGAGUCUGGUGUCGGGAUUGGAAGCCCUUGGCGGAGGGUCGGACGGGGAUGAGCAACGCGUCAUCAGCGUAGAGGAAGUCCCUCUCAUCCAGGCCGAUCUCACGUAUGGCGAUCUCCUGCGUGACGGCCACCUGACCCAUUCCCCUCGGCCGUCGCUUCUGGCGAUCACCAUGCUGCCCCCGAACCCGCGGGCCAAGAGUUCCGGCCGACCGUCGACGCCCCCGAUCCCACCCCAUCCUUCGAUCGUUCAACGACGCAUGGAGCUUCUCACGUCGGACAUGCUCACGCGGUCUCUGACGCUGGUGUCCCGCGGACAAAGCGACCGGGCCCAACAUCUCUUGAUGGAGACCCGUAGUAUCCUCAAGGGCUUAGGCAAGGGAAGCCUGCCUCCGUUGCCACCCGGCGCUCCGAAGCCGUCUGGCGGUAGCGACGCCGGUAGCAGGGGAGAAACACCCACGUCGAGCUCGCCGAAGUCCUCGAACUUCGGUGACAGCCACUCCUCCGCGCCUUCCGAUGCGCCGACCAUCUCUCCCGGUGCUGCGGUCGACUCUCAGACCAUGACGGCACUGGAUGCGGACCUGGCCGCUGCCCUGGAAUGGAUCAACCACCCUGCCGUGUUCUCGCGGGACUCCCGCAAGGCCGUUCUGCAGGGCAUCGGAGUUAUUUCCUCGCAGCGAGCCUACACCUUCCGGUCGCCGUCUGAAGCUCAUUGGGCUCAGCGAGUGGCCGGUGUACGUCGAUUGACCGAGCGGUCCAAGCAAUGGCGUGAGACGGGCGAUGAUGCAUUGACUGAAGAAUAG